AUAGUAGAUUAUCAACAAUAUAUCAGACAAAGAAAAACAGACGGAAGUCGCCGACUUGGAGCAACGCAAACAAAUUUCGAGAUCUGAGAAACAAGUCCUGCCCUGUUCUUCUGUCCACCAUGGCCGGCCGGAUCGCUCUCUCCAGGGCUGCAAAGCAUGUUGUGGCUGCGGCAGGGGCGGCACGUUCAGCUCCUGCCUUCAGGGCACCUGCUGCGAGUACACCUUCUGGAGCAGGCAGCGUGCUUAGGAAUCUACAGCAGAGGUACCUAUCAAGCUUUGUUUGUCAGAGGGUACAGGGCGUGCAGUCUGGCGCUGCUUCUUUUUCUAAAAGGAUUCAUAGGAGUGAUCCAGAAGGAGUUAUAAACAAGUUCAAAAUGCUAAAUCGAGGCGUUUCAACUGCAGCAAGGGCGGAAGGCCAUGUUCUUGGUACACAUAGUGCACCCUAUUACAUGGUAGAGAAAGGCCUACUUAAAAAGCAGCUUCUGCGUACUUCUGGAGGCCUUGUAGUUGCUGGCUUUGCGGUCUAUGCAAUCGGUAAAGUGGAGGAAGCAAUGGCUGGCAAGUUUGAAGGUUUGAAAGCAGUGCCUAGGGAUUUGACCACAAAACUCAGUGACGUAAAGGGGGUUGAUGAAGCCAAAGCUGAGCUCGAGGACAUAGUUCACUACCUACGAGAUCCAAAUCAUUUCACACGCCUCGGUGGUAAGCUUCCAAAGGGUGUUUUGCUUGUAGGCCCACCCGGCACAGGGAAGACCAUGUUGGCAAGGGCUGUGGCCGGGGAAGCCGGCGUCCCUUUCUUUGCGUGCAGCGGCAGUGAUUUCGAGGAGCUCUAUGUUGGUCUUGGGGCUAAAAGAGUGAGAGAGCUCUUUCGUGCAGCAAAGAAGCAGUCUCCUUGCAUAAUAUUCAUUGAUGAAAUUGAUGCGAUUGGUGGGCGCAGACAGGAAAAAGGUUCAUCGUUGGAUAAGCAGACGCUGAACCAGCUGCUUGUUGAGAUGGAUGGCUUCAAGCAGAAUGGCGGGAUAAUUGUGAUUGCAGCGACAAACUUCCCCGAGUCAUUAGAUAAGGCCCUUGUCAGGCCUGGGCGUUUUGACCGUCAAGUCCAUGUAAAUAUUCCAGAUGUUAAGGGCCGACGGCAGAUCCUCGAGGCAUACAUGUCAAAGGUGUCUACAGCCGAGGGUGUGGAUGCAACGACCAUUGCAAGGGGGACGCCUGGGUUUUCAGGUGCAGACCUUGCAAGCCUAGUGAAUGAUGCCACUCUCAAGGCUUCCAAGGAUGGGGCAAAUGCUGUUGCAAUGGAUCACUUUGAGUACGCCAAGGACAAGAUCAUCAUGGGCAGUGAGCGCAAGUCCAUGGUGAUGUCUGCUCAAUGCAGGAAGAUGAUCGCAUACCACGAGGGUGGGCACGCCCUUGUUGCUAUCCUCACGGAUGGUGCUCACCCUGUCCACAAGGCUACCAUUAUGGCCCGGGCAAAUAAUCUCGGCAUGGUGGCACAACUGCCAGGGGAAGACAGCGAACUGGAACUCUCGAGGAAGCAGAUGCUGGCGAGGCUGGAUGUCUGCAUGGGGGGACGGGUGGCCCAGGAGCUUAUAUUUGGAGAAGCAGGGGUCGGAACAGGUGCCUUGUCUGAUCUAGCUCAGGCGACUCAGGUGGCGACAGAGAUGGUCACUAGGUAUGGUAUGAGCAAGCGGGUCGGCCUUGUUUCCUAUGGCAAUGAAGACAAUGCUGGUGGUGGCAAGACGAUGAACAUGAGCGGGCGAACGUCAGAAGUGGUUGAUGAGGAGGUGAAAGCAUUGUUGGACAACGCUUACAAGAACGCGAAAAAGGUUAUCACUAAACAUAAGAAGGAGCUCCAUGCGCUAGCAAAUGCCCUCCUGGAGCAUGAAACUCUCACUGGUGCCGUGAUCAAGGAACUUGUUUCGACAGGACGAUAAGGAGAUGUUCCUAACAGUAGCCAGUAAAAUGAGGGAAUUCUGCCUUUCGCCAGAUCGCAAAACUAGUAUCGACAGAAGAACAAGCGCAUGGUCAUAACAAUAGCCAGCAGGCUCAGGGAACACCUUCUUCGCCCUAGUCAGUGGAGAAGUAGUUUCUUUUCCUGCUAUUUUUGUUGCAUGCACACGAAAUGUACAGAGCUAUGCAUAUUUUCUGGAUUUUCAUCUGACUUUUGUUCCUCAAAUCUGAAGAGAAGGCGGUGUGUUUUGUUCUUUUGCUUACUGUGUUGUGAACCAGUAAAACCUCCUGUUUUGGGUCUCAAGCAUGGAUUACUGUGCCCCAAGAUUUCUGUCGUUACUGAAUAGGGCACAAAUAUGUGUAAAUACGAUUUCAUACAUUUUUUUACCCAGCUGCAAAACAUAA